AUGUCUAGCGAUUUCGCUAUCUAUAUUCGAGACAAGCUUUUUGACAGCAAAACAUCUGUCGACCAUAAAAUCUUACAUAGUGUAAACAAGAAAGGUGAAUUUGUUCUAAAGUUCUGUUUCUGGGAAUAUGACAAGAACCAUAAAACAUUAGGCAGAGAAGUCUUAAAAUUUGUCAAUGACAGACUUGUUGACAGAGAUGACGCCGAUUGGAAAGAUGAAGUCCAACAAAAGUUCUUAGAAUGCAAAGAAGACACAUGCGCUGUUCUUGAAGAUGAAAUAGAAAACAGAAUAGAUGAGCUAUUAAAGGACAAAGAACUUUUACAUAAAUAUG